AUGAAAGCUAUCAACCCAUCCACAAUGAAAGCUAUCCCCGCCGCGGUAGCUACUGAAGUGCCGCGGCAGCACACCGUCUCGGCACUCCACACCAGAGUCGCAAGCGCCGCGGGGCGGCUGCGCGCGCCUACUGUGCCGGCGGCCGCGGCGGCGGAGGCUGCUGGUAGUACUGCUGGCGCCGGCGGGCGGUUAGGCGCCCGCGUGUGGGGGGUGGGGGUAUGA